AUGCCUCUUCGCGUCUUGGUGGUUGGAGCCGGAUUGGCUGGUCUAGCAGCAGCACUUUCCACUAAACUCGCGAAUCCAUCGCAUGAAGUAACAAUUUUGGAAACUGUAUCGGAAUUAGCUGAAGUCGGGGCAGGAUUACAAAUUACACCCAAUGCAUCUCGACUCUUCAAGAAAUGGGGAAUCUACGAUGAUCUCGCACCCAAAGCCACAUUCCCAAAAACUCUCUCGGUAUGGCGAUUUGAUGGAACAAAGCGGUUGGCAUAUUCUCCAGAUUUUCAAGAAAAGAUAGAUGAGAGAUAUGGAGCUCCUUUCUGGGGAAUGCAUCGAGUAGAUUUACAACGUGCUCUGUGCGCUAAAUGUGAUGAGCUAGGCGUCACCAUUCGUCUAUCAUCCAGAGUCAAGAGUGUCGAUUUUGAAAAUACAGUUAUUACAUUGGAAGGAGGGAAGACAGUGGAAGGAGAUGUCAUACUCUGUACAGAUGGCAUUUAUUCGGCUACGAGAUCACAAUUUUUAGGCCACGAAUGUCCGCCAAAUCCAACUGGAGAUCUCGCGUAUAGGAUUGUGAUUGAUAAAUCUACAUUAAGCGGACCGGAUGCAGAGAAGCUCACUGCGUUUAUUGAUUCUCACUCGGUCAAUUUCUGGGCAGGCUCGGGUACUCAUGUAGUUUCAUAUACUAUGCGCGGUGGCGAUCUAUUCAACAUCGUUCUUCUCUGCCCCGACAAUCUCCCACCCGGUCUUUCUCGUACAUCAGGAGACUUGGAGGAAAUGAAAGGACUUUUUGAAGGAUGGGAUCCAAUUCUCAGAGCAUUCUUAGAACAAGUCAAAGAAGUGGCGAAAUGGAGAUUGAUGCAUCUGGAAACGUUGGAACGAUGGACGAGCGAAAAAGGAAAUUUCUGGAUGGCGGGUGAUGCUUGUCAUCCUAUGCUUCCAUAUUUAGCACAAGGUGCAAAUUCAAGUUUGGAAGAUGGAGCAGUAAUGGGAUAUCUACUGGGGAAGGUAAACGUAGAGACGAAAGAUGAACAGUUGAAGAAAGCGGCGAGAAUUUAUGAGGAAUUGAGGAAGGGGAGGGGAGAAGGUAUUGCGAGGGAAACGUGGGGGCAGAGAGAAAGUUUCCAUAUGGUGGAGGGCGAGGAACAGGUUAGGAGAGAUGCGAUUUUGAUGGCGGGACCAACUGAGGCAGGUGGAUUCCCGAGUAGAUGGCAGGAUUUUGGAGGUGCUCAGAAGUGGUUGUAUGGGUAUGAUGCUUAUGUGGAGGCGGAGAAGGGGUAUGAGAAGGCUCCAUUUUAA